GGCGGGGCGAGCCCGCCAGCGGCGUGGUUGCCGAGGCGACCGAUAGGCGGCAGCAGCAGCGGCGGCGGGACAGGAAAGCAGCUGGAUGCCCGGGGCUGGAGCUACAGCUGCGGCGAUGACGCACGAAGGCCCGAGGCAGGUCCGAGACCGCGGGGUGACCCGAUCCAAGGCGGAAAAGGCGCGGCCGCCUACGGCUCCGGUGGUGCCGCAGGUGGACAUAGUGCCUGGGCGGCUCACUGAGGCUGAGUGGAUGGCGCUCACGGCUCUCGAAGAGGGCGAGGAAGUGGUGGGGGACAUCUUGGCUGAUCUGCUGGCCCGAGUCAUGGACUCUGCCUUUCAAGUCUACCUGACUCAACAGUGCAUUCCAUUCACCAUCAGCCAGGCCCGGGAAGCCAUGCUGCAGAUCACCGAGUGGCGCUUCCUGGCCAGGGACGAGGGAGAAUCUGCAGUGGCAGAGGACCCCACAUGGGGCGAGGACGAGGAACCCUUGUCUUGCACGACGGAUGCCUGGGCUCAGGGAUCCGUGCCCGUGCUACACGCGCUGACCUCGGUGGGGCUGGAGGAGACCUUCCAAGGCGAAGUAAGCUCAGCCCCCAGCUACCUACCAGCUGUCACCGCUGCCCCCGCCGCGUCUUCGAUCUCCUCAGGGCCUCACUGGACUGCUCCAACCUCCUCUCUACCCUUUCUGACGUCUCACCUCACCCCUCACCUCCACCCUGGUGCAUUUCCCCAGGACCAAGAGAACGUGGACCAGAUCCCUUUAGGAAGAUCGUGGAUGGAUACAGGCUCUCAGGAGCGGAUGGAAUCUUGGGAGCGUCCUCCUGAACUGAGAGUCACCCCGGGCCCCCUACCCACCCCGGUCCUGUUUCAGGAGACAGGGCCCAGGGGUCCUUUAGAGAAACUGGACGACCAGGCGAGGGGCCACCUGUUUGCAGUCGGAUCCUUGAACGCGAGCAGCCAACCGUCGAAAGAGAUGGCGCCCGCCGGCAGUCCCCACCGUUCUCUGGAGCUGUCCUUGGUAGCCAGCCCUCAGGCCUCUGUCGAGAGGGCACAGCCCCUCAGCUCUCAGUUCUCGCUCGAGGACCUCUACUAUUCCCAGCCGCAGCCGUACGCGGUUGGAGACCGGCCGGAGCUCAAGGAGGAGAAGGUGCCCCGCAUCCCCUCGGUCGUGUCGGUGUCCGGCCCCUCUGCGGGCGGUCCCACCACGCUCAGCGCCUCCGGGGGGUUCCAGCCGCAGCAGCCCGGGCGCGCCGAUGCGCGGCCCAGCGCGCUGCACUACAGAAUGGGCCGCAAGGCGGCGAUGGCGCGCCUGGACCCAGCGCGGCUGUCGAGCCACUGGGUGCGCCCGCUGGCGGAGGUUCUGGUCCCAGACUCCGAGACGUCCCCCCUGGAAGCCUACCGCGGGCACCAGCGGGGCGAGAAGAUCGAGGCCCCAGCCGGACCGCAAGCCUCCGCCCCCAGCGUCCGCGUCUCCCCGUCAGUGUUCUUCCCUAUCGCACCUGGCGUUCCUUUCCGAGCCUUGGGCCCCGGCCCCAGCCUCCAAUUCCCUACUUUAAGUUUAGGCCUACCGUCGCCAGGUUUUGGUUCAAAGCUGCCCUUCGCUAGUUCCGGGCUCCGUUUUCUUGCCACACACCCGGCGCGCCCCGACGUGGCACGCAGCCCCAGCCCCAGACUAUGGCCGGGUGCCAAGUGGCCCAGCGGCUGGGAGGGGGAGGGCGAGUUGCUGGGAGAGCUGUGGGCUGGCCGCACCCGCGUACCUCUGCAGGGCCUGGACCCUGGGGACGGGGAGAGACAGGAUCCUCACAAGUGGCUUCAUCCCGUGCCCCGAGUUCUCGAGGCCAAGUGCCAGGUGAUGCGGAAGCCCGUGUUGCUGCCGGAAGCACUGGAGCUGGCUCCUGGUGUGAGCAUGUGGAACCCAGCCACCCAGGUGCUGCUCAGCUCUGCUGAACCUCAAAAGGAGGACAAAGAAGGUGGCACCUCUCCUCCACCCACAUAGGUGCCCCAAAGCCCCAGGUGACCGUGGCACAGUUAAUGAAGAGCUCAACCCCCAAAAUGUGGUCACUCCCCUCCAAGCGCCUGCCCCAUUCUGAGCCCUGAACCUCAGGCAGUGUGAAACCUA